AUGGGCAUCUUCAGCUUUCUCUCAAGAAAGUCUCAUGACAAGCACAAGGCUGCUUCUCUAAGAGCACACGCCUAUGACACGACAGCCGCUGGGACUGUCCCUGUUCAAGGUGAGCAUAUCAACAAUAUUGCUGCGGGUAGAGAUCCAAGUGAGCUUACACAUGUAGGAGCAUACCCAGUAGCAGGCAAUGGUCCCAAUGUUUUCGAUACGCUGUCUGGGGGACGACCAGACUCUCGUCAUGCACAGCUUUCGUCGACGGUGCCGGAUAAUCACAACGGAGCUGCGCCUGCCCCUGGGGUUCCUCGCUAUCGAGACCCGACUACUGACCGACCAAACACGGCUCCCAAUGGGCAGCCAACGUUGCAACAUGUGAGCUCCGGGACCAGGUUGAGGAAGGCCGCCAAGAAAGGUCCUCCCAUCUCCUUCAAGAUGCUUCGAAGCGUUGGCUCUACCAUCAGUGGCGACUCGCGACCAGGAUCGAAGGGUUCCGAGUUCGAAACCAAGAGUACCUUGCGAGGGACCGUCAGCCAUUCACGCUCCAGUUCAAUGCGUAGCGAAAGUGGCAGGUUCAGAGAUAUCCUCGACGCCCAUUCCGAGCUCAAGCCUCCCGACUUUCGAGCCAGAGUCAAGGCUGCCGGUGCCAAGGACUAUGGAGAGGACGUUGCCGAAAGGAACAUGGGAGAAAAUGGGUUUGAUCUGGAGUCAGAGCAUGUCAAGGCCUUCUACAACAGCCAUCCGAGCGCACCCCGGCCGAGAAGGUCAGCCCCUGCUCUCAACCCAAGAAGCUCGAGGCACACGAUUCGGGAGGCACAGAAUGGUCAACAACCACCACAAAGGCCGAUGGCCCCCCCACCUGCUUCCAUCGCCCCGUCUCAGCGCUCUCUGCCCCAAGCACUGCCGGGCCAGACGCCCCGACACAAGCCCGCCGAGACCGCCCUGUACGCUGACAUGAAAACCACGGGCGGCGGACACCUGAAGCGACGGGUAUCAGUCAACACCUACAUGCCUCCAGCUUCCUUCCAGAACACCAGCGCCGUCUCCUUGAGCAAGGUGCACGGCUCAGAGAUCAACACCAUCGACCUGGACAUUCUGAAGCCGCCGAUUGUGAUGGGCGCUCCAAGGACAAGCGGGGAGACCCCGCGGACGGCGAGGAUACCGCGGGAUUCGGUGAUGCUCGCGAGGAGGAAGGUGUCGAUACCGGGCCACCUCGCUCGGCGUGACAGCUCUUCCCCAGAAAGGACGUUUUCUCUCCGGUCAGCUACCACCCGACCCCAGCACCACCACCAGCGUGCCUCAAUGAGUAGUUCAGCCAGCGCAUCGUUUUCCCCCCGCCACCGUCACAGUUUACACACGUUGCACUCGUCUAUUUCUUCGUCUGGUGUUCAGAGCUGGGAUGGCAGCACGUUUCUUCAGGAAACAACAACAACAACAACAACAACAACACCGCUGGCUUACCCGCGUCGUCUUCACACUGCUACUCAACCCUUUCAGCCACCGUCCGUGUCUGAGGUUGAUGUUGACGCUGUGGAUGAUUGGGUGGAAUUUUGUUCUUGUUAG